CUGUCCUCUUUUCCAUAGUGUUUCUGAGAGCUUUAUAAGUACAUCUUGGCAGUGUGCAGGUCUGUGUCUGAUCUUCUGUACUGAUGUUGUCUUUCAGGGCACGUUUCUCGUGACUCAGGCCGUCUCGAAGGCUUUAGUUUCUGCAGGCGCUGUGAAGGGCUCUAUCAUCACUGUGGGCAGCAUAGUGGGCAAGGUUGGGAAUAUCGGGCAGGUGAAUUACUCUGCUUCUAAAGCCGGAGUGGAGGGCCUCACUCGAACCGCUGCCAAAGAGCUGAGCAAAUUUGGCAUCCGCUGCAACUGUGUCCUGCCCGGGUUCAUCACUACACCCAUGACAGACAAAGUACCUGAGAAAGUCAUCGAUAAACUCACAGCAGUCAUUCCAAUGGGAAGGAUGGGAGAGCCUGCUGAAGUAGCUGAUGCAUGUGCAUUUCUGGCUUCUGAUGACAGUCGAUAUAUUACUGGAAUCAGCAUUGAAGUUGCUGGUGGACUCUUCAUUGGCUGAAAACUGCUGAAUGACACUAAACUGAUCACCAACUCUGUGCCUUCAUCUUUAAUCUCAAAUUAUGCUUAAUUGCUGUAGAAUAUUGUAUACAAUGUAACAAAUGGAAAUUAAAAUUCUAUAUUUAUACAAUUAAAGUGUGAAUAUUUUAUACUGUGAACCCACUUUUAAAAAACAAUUAAGUUGACACAGGAGGAAAUGUGUUGAUGUGUGGUUUAAUGGGAACGUUUGGACCAAAACAACAAGUCAAAGAAUUAAAACAGUUAACAUUUCAAAACUCAGACUAAUAGAGUGAAUCAAAAUUCAUCAUUUAAAAGGGGUUUAAGAGUCGUUUGAAGGAAAGUGGCCAGAUUACAUAUUGUGGUUUUUCUGAGACACACGAAAUGUGUUGUUAAUUUGUUGAAAAGUGAAAAUGGGAGUUUGGCUCGGAAGAGUGAAGAGGCAGAUGAAAUAUGAGCAAAAGCACCAUGACAACAGGAAACAAACGGGGAAAAGAACAACAAAGGAGUCCAACAGCUCUUUAAA